GAAGGCGCCGAGAGCUUCAGCUGCAGCUCAGAAUUGGUGGUCCAUGAGCAGCUUCACGCUGGGGAGAAGCCCUACAAGUGCUUGGAGUGUGGGAAGAGCUUCAACACGAGCACACACCUGAUCCGUCACCGGCUGAUCCACAGUGGGGAAUGGCCCUAUGAGUGUGGGGAAUGUGGGAAGGGCUUCAGCUGCAGCUCUGAACUGAUCCGCCACCAGUACAUCCACACUGGGGAGAAACCCUACGAAUGUUCUGAAUGUGGGAAGAGGUUUCAGACCAGCUCCAAUCUCCUCCUGCAUCAGCGGAUUCACACGGAUGAGAGGCCCUUCCGCUGCCCCGACUGUGGGAAGGGCUUCAAGCAAAACUCCACCCCCGUCAUCCACCAGCGCACCCACACUGGGGAGAGGUCCUACAAGUGUGGGGAGUGUGGGAAGAGCUUCUCCAGCAGCUCUAACUUGAUCCAACACCAACGGAGGCACCG